AUGGGGUCCGGAGGCGGGCUGGGGCUGGCGGCGGUGUUGGCGGCCGCCGUGCUGUGCGGGCCCGGGGGUCUCGCCGGGCGCGUCCUCAGCGGUCAAAAGGUGUGCUAUGGUGACUUCAAGCGUUCUUGUUACAAGUUAGCUUAUUUCCAGGACUUGUCUAGACGUGUGGGCUUUCAGGAGGCCCGCCAAGCUUGUGAAAUUGAUGGUGGGGCUUUACUGAGCUUGGAAAGUGAAGCUGAGCAGCAGCUAAUAGAAAACAUGUUGCAAAACCUCACUAAAUCAGGCUCCGGGAUUUCUGAUGGUGAUUUCUGGAUUGGGUUGUGGAGAACUGGCGAUGGACUAGCCACCUCAAGUGCUUGCCCUGACCUCUACCAAUGGGCUGAUGGAAGUAUUUCACCAUUCAGAAAUUGGUAUACAGAUGAGCCUUCCUGUGGAAGUGAAGCCUGUGUUGUGAUGUAUCAUCAGCCAACUGCAAACCCUGGUCUGGGAGGGCCAUACCUUUAUCAGUGGAAUGAUGAUAGAUGCAACAUGAAGCACAAUUUUAUCUGCAAGUAUGGCCCAGAUAAUGUCUUAGAAAAAGAAUUAGGAGACAGAGCGGAGCCAGAUUACGAUAUUUUUCCAACCGUGCCAGCAGGAAAUCCAUAUGACACAAGCAAACCAGAAGAUCAGUAUCAUAUUAUUGCUACUGAAACAGGUAUAAUUCCGAAUCUAAUUUAUGUCGUAAUACCCACUAUACCACUAUUGCUGUUGAUACUGGUGGCUUUUGGGACUUGCUGUUUCCAGAUGCUUCAUAAAAGUAAAGGAAGAACAAAAACCAGUCCAAACCAGUCCACACUAUGGAUUUCAAAGACGCCUAGGAAGGACAGUAGCAUGGAGGUAUAAUGAUUUACUGACUGAAAACAAAGCAAAAAUAAUAUUUUGCAGUCGGGCUGUAUUAUAAUG